AUGAAUAAUCCCUACUCUGUGAACAUCCUUCUUGCUGGUUAUGACAAAGAAACAGGCCCAUCACUAUACUACAUCGACUACAUUGCGACACUUCACAAGCUUGAAAAGGGAGCUUUUGGUUAUGGUUCCUAUUUUUCACUAUUAAUGAUGGACAAACACUUCCAUAGCGGAAUGAACGUGGAAGAAGCAAUUGAUCUUGUUGACAAGUGCAUUUUGGAAAUCCGAUCAAGGUUGGUUGUGGCACCUCCAAACUUUGUUAUCAAAAUUGUUGACAAAGAUGGUGCAAGAGCAUGGCGUGAAUCAGUCAAGGACACUCAUGCAUCAGCUUGA